AGAGGGUCACCGCCGACUAUGGGCUCGGCUACAACCGCAAUCGCCGUAUGCACUCUUUUCCUUCAAAUUUGGCGACGGAAAUCGUUUCGGUUCAAAAUUUUCCCCAAUUCGAAGGCCGAUCGAAUUACAAAUCCACCAAUUCCGAAUUGAUAACAGUUAUGGCGAAUCUCAUCGAAGAAGAUGCAAAAAUGGUUGAGAUCACUCUGCGAACCAUCGGCCCUUCGCCUCGCUCCCGCCUCACCGUCCCCUCUACGCUCAAAGUUAAAGAGUUGAGGAAACUGAUUUCUGGAACUACUGACUUGCCCCUGGAGAAUAUGACGCUUGUUUUCCGUGGAAAUGUGUUACACGAUAGUACAAAUGGUGAAGACUCAUUGGUCCAACUCCACGAGCGAGAAACUGUGACUGUUGCUAUCAAACCAAAGCCACCUGCUAAGCAUAUCCAAGACAGUUUUGACGACGAUGAUGGAGAAGAUCUAAAAUUUCAACUUCCAGAAUCAACCAGCAGGUGGAAGAGGAGACUGUUCUUCACAUUACGUGACAAAUUCAAGAUCCCUGAUAUGCUAUUGAUGGCAAUAUUCUCCCUCAGAACAAAGACGUGGGUAGCCAUUAUAAUGUGGUUCAUCCUGGCACCCGUUGCCCAUAGAUUGGGUCUUGGACCUUUAUAUAUACUUGCAACCGGCUUUUUUAUCAUAUUCUACAAUCUUGGGCAUCGACAACCUGGUGAUGUAAGGACAUCUCUAAAAGGGAAAUUGGUUUUAAGUUGUGAAACGUGCAUAUUCUGUAUUCAAUGAAGAUUUCAGAGAACUUCCUGGCACUCUCAAUGCGGAUCGCCUUGACAGGGACAUUCGAGCUGGGCAGUUUUAAGGACUCCCCAGUUGGACCACAAGUCCAAUUUUGUCAGGCUGACAACAUGACUAAUUCUGCAGCAGAGUUGCAAAUUUUCAAUCCAUCCCCACUCUGAAGUUCCUGUUAUUGGAUGGCUGGAAUUGAAGCUGUCAAAUGUUUGUAGCAUUUGGUGUAAGUUUCUGUUACUUGCUAAUGUUGUGAAAGUUGCAGCAGGAUUGAUUACAUUACAUAAAUAGUAAGUUGUAUAAUAUCUUGAUGUUACAGUAUAGAGGAGACUGAUAGAAAUUUCAUUACAAUGGCUUCCUGUUGUAAGUACCAUAGUUUACACACUCCUGUUUUUUAUGCUGUUACUCAUGUCUAAGAUUAUGUACAUUCUGGUGAUUUAUUUACUCUCUUUCA